AUGCCUACCGCGAUGCGCGCUCUGGUGCGCCUACCUCGGCAGCUGUCCAGGCGCUCUUUUGCCAUGUCUGCACGCACCGCACAGUCACCAUUUGGCUCUGGACCUUCGCCCCCACGCCUACCCAAAGAGGAGCAGGAAAUCUUUGAGAAGCUGCAAAAACAAAGCACUGGGGCCUUUAGCACGCCAAGAGGAGGCGAGGAAGAAGCAGCGGCACCGUCGUCCAAAGCAAACAUUCGCAUGCAAAUCAAUCAAUCGCCAGACUCUUCUUCUUCUUCUUCGUCAUCGCGGCCGCAAAUCAAUCAGUCGCCCGACUCAUCGGCAGAGCCAGAGAUCAGGUUUGAGAAUGGCAAAGAGAUCAAAAAGGGAGAAGAGUUUCAUCCUAACAUGAGAAGAGGCGCACCGCCCGAGUUUGAGGGCGAUGUCAACCCCAAGACUGGAGAGGUGGGUGGACCGAAGAACGAGCCAUUGAGAUGGGGACACACAAGCGACUGGAGCUACAAUGGAAGGGUGACUGACUUUUAA